AUGCCCACUCCCUCGAUUGUGUCGCAGUCCAAAGGGCCAAACCAACCAAACCUUGCCAAGCGGUUACUGUUCCCCAAUUCUACUGGCGACAUCCCUCCAUUAUUUUCGUCGCCAAAUACGCCACCAGAGCUUACAGCCGAGGUCUAUGAUUUCAUAGCGCUUGCUCUUCGCGCGUUUGUGAAUCCAUGGUGGACGAAAAUCACUCGCUACGACAAGCAGUUUCUUCCUGACAUAACAAGGAUCCUUACCCAUGUUGUGAGAGCUUUGGAAACACGCGUUCACGGCCGCGAUCUUGCCCCCCUCGUUUUCCGCGAUGUCCCAACCAUUGUUACUCAGCAUUACCGCGACUACCGUAAUGCUGAAGCCAAGGCCAACUCUUCUUAUGCUUCUGGUGGAGCCCUUCCCAUCCCAGUCCUAUUUCACAACCUCCAACCCCACAUGGCAGUCUCCGCCGAUGGCAGCAUUGACGAAGAGUACAUGCGUCAAAUAAUCGACCAUAUUCUAAAAUCUUGCCUUCCCCCAGAAGACUAUGCUCCAGACCCAGAGCGCUUUGUCAUACGUGAAAUAGUGCUCAAGAUUCUUUUAAAGGACGUUAUACCCAAGAUCACCCAGCCAUGGUUCAUUCACAAAAUUAUCCUCGACCAGCUGGGUCAAGAUGAUAUGGUACUCCCCGAAUCUCGACCAGAGUCCCCCGCCGCCUCUCCCCUUUCAUUCCACACCCUGAUUGUCGUCUUUCUAUCAGCCAUCCAAACAUUGUCAGGCACCUGUCUCGCCAUGAUAAACGCGUACAAGCAAGCAGUCAGCACAAUAAAGCGGGUGAACCAGACGCCCACCCGACCACCUAUCAGCAGACGCGUUUCUACACCAUUGCCUGUACCUCUUUCACCAUCCAUCUCAGCGUCCUCUUCGGUAUCAUCAUACACACCCUCACAGGAUACCACACUGACCUCCAACCCACCUUCUGCCCCCUUGACCAACGACUAUGCGCUUCCAGCCUUGUACCUUGUUUCCGAGAUCUUCUCCACACAAGCGCGAAUGGCUGCAUCGUCGAUCAUGCACCCCCUCCUGCUCCUCGCUGUCUCAUUUACGCCAUUCCUGGACCGGCAAGUUGCUACCCUUCCAUUCGAUGCUUCUGCUGAUGUCGUUAACCCCAGACUACUCCCUUACCUUCUAAUGCAGGCGCUUUCACCCAAGCUCCUUCUAACGACGAUACGAAACGCGAAACGAACACUAUUCCCUAAUGGCUACCCAGCGCCCCCACCGAUCGACCCAACCCUUGAGGAACAAGCACAGAUGCGAGCUCGUUUACUUGCAUAUCGCGGCAAGUCGGGUUGGGUGGAAACCCACAUUCUGCCCUUAUUCCUGGGUCCCGACCCCAGCAUGACCCUCGCAACAGCCAUUGACCCGCUGUCGAGUCGCGAGUGUAAUGUCCACUUGAUCAUGUUACUUCUGGAUUGUAUCAUUGGGACUCUGUUUCCAGAGCUUUGGGGACAAUAG